AUGGGUGCGGCCGAUCCCAAAGGCGCAGGUGAAGAGGCAUUGGAUAUUGCCAAUUCACUCGGUAUCGACAUUCGUAUUGUCGUUGUUUGUGAACAGACCACCGCAAACAGCGACUCUCCCGACACCACCACCACCACCAACACACCCACAACAACAGUCUACAAAAAGAAUUCCGUAAACAAUUCUUCGCAAUCAAAGUUGGUUGCCAUUCCGAGUUCCAAUGGAUUCUCUGUCAUGGACAACUCACUGAACGAAGAGGAGAAUGAAAAUUGGGAGAUUGGAUGUACCUAUCUUGGUGCAGAUGCAUUGAUUGACGCUCUUAAACUUGGUGCUGAUUUAGUUAUUGCAGGUAGAGUUGCUGAUCCGAGUCUAUUUGUUGCUCCAAUUGCCUAUACAUUUGGUUGGGAUUUAACAAAAGAUUUCAAUUUAGUUGCUCAAGCUACUCUUGCAGGCCAUUUAUUAGAGUGUGGAUGCCAUUUGACAGGUGGUUAUUUUGCACAUCCUUUAGGAAGAAACACAUCGUUUGAAAAGCUGGCGGAUCUCUCGCUCCCGUUCUGUGAUAUCGAUAGGAACGGUAAUAUUGUUAUUGGAAAGAUCGAGGGCAGCGGUGGUGAACUAUCUGAACGAACAUGUAAACAACAGUUGACCUAUGAGAUUGGUGAUCCCAAGGAGUAUAUCACUCCGGAUGUCAUUGUUAAUUUUAGUCAGGUCGAAUUCGUGGAGCUCUCGGAGAACAGUGUGAUUGCCAGGGGUGCAAAAGGAUACUCCAGGCCAAAGGAUCUACUGAGAUUGCUCGCCAAGAGCGCUGGAUAUAAAUCGUGGGCUGAGGUGUCCUAUGGUGGACUGGGUUGUGUGGAGCGGGCGCAAUGGGCCAGUCGAUUGGUGCACAAAUGGAUGGAGGAUAAAAAGAAGGGAAUCACCAAGAAUAUGAUGACUUAUUUGGUUGGUUACAACAGUCUGUAUCUACAGCAUGGUUCGCGCUUCCAGAUUCCACCUAGCUCGCUGCCCUCGACCAUUCCAGAUGGCUACGAUGGUGCCAACUGGUCGGCAUCUGGUUAUCCACCUGAGGUCCGACUUCGUUUCGAUGGUCUGUUUGAGAGUCGGGAAGAUGCCGAAACACUGGGAAUGGAGCUGCAGGGAUUAGGUCUUUGUGGACCUGCAGGUGGUGGUGGUUUUGCCUUUGGCAUUAGAAAAGAUAUUCGUCUGGUCAGACAUCGAGUUUCAAAGAGUAAUCGUGGAGGUACUAUCAAAAGAACCACCAAUUCUUCGAGUCGUAUUGCUCUCAACAACAAUAACAACAAUAACAGCAGUAGCAAUACUCUUCAAGACUUUGAUAAACCUUUCACUACUCAAAACAAUCACCAGAUUGCCUAUAACAUCGACAAGAGCUGGAAGAACACUGUCUACUCGAUUAUCGACACCUCUAGACAGUCAGGAAGAGUGUUACUCUAUAAUAUCGCACAUUCUCGUAGUGGUGACAAGGGUGACAUUGCCAAUGUCUCACUGAUUCCCUAUAAUCCAGCGGACUACCCUCGUCUUCAGAAAGUUAUCACACCAGAGUGGGUGAUGAGUGUAUAUAAGAAUCUAUUAAAGAACGAAUCCAAAGUGAACAUAUACCAACUUCCAGGUAUCAAAGGUUUCAACAUCGUGCUAAGUUAUGCAUUGGACGGUGGUGUAUGUGUCAGUCGAAGAGUUGAUCGUCAUGGUAAAACUCUUUCAGAUGUCAUUUUGAAUCAGUGGAUCGAUUUGCCUCCCCUUUCCUCAUUAUAA